UUAGACUUUGAUUCCAGGCAGCUGGGUUAGUUGGAUAUCAAUCUAGUCUGGCUUCCACGCAAAAGGUCACUUUCUCAAAACAGUAAACAAAAGCUCGCCCGUAAGAAAUUACAACUCUCAGACUUUCUCCAUUCUCAUUCUUAGCCGGGUCAGGACGAUCUUACAUAUAAAAUCUCUGUUUCAAACAUUAGAAGAUAACAAAUUCUCGCUCUCCAUUUCAGCGCAUUAGAUAAGAACGAUAAGGAGAAAUUUACAUAUACAACUACUGCCUUCCACAGGCGAGGACUCAGAGCUCUUAAUCAGCUAGUUUUGUAUCGCAGACGAGGCAUGACUAUGUGAUCUGGAAGUUAGCGGCAGAUAAGUUGAAGGCAGAUAUGAGGUAUUGCUGUUUUGGUACAAAAGAGACUGCUGGAAGGGCUUAUGGGGAUGCAGAUGGAUAUUCAACUCGUGAUAUUAACUAUAUCUCGUAUGAUGAACUAAGAUCAGCGACAGAUAACUUCCAUUCAACUAAUAAGAUUGGACGAGGCGGCUUUGGAACUGUUUACAAGGGAACUCUCAGGAGUGGAAGGCAAGUGGCUGUGAAGACUCUUGCUGCUCAAUCAAAGCAAGGGGUGCGGGAAUUUUUGAAUGAGAUUGAUACUAUUUCAAAAGUUAGGCAUCCAAACCUUGUUGAGCUGAUAGGGUGCUGUGUUCAAGGAACUAACCGGAUUUUAGUAUAUGAAUACGUAGAAAAUAACAGCCUGGAUCGUGCAUUGCUAGGUCCACGGAAUCAAUGUAUCAAACUGGACUGGAGAAAAAGAUCUGCAAUUUGCUUGGGUAUAGCCAGGGGCCUCGCUUUCCUUCAUGAAGAACUUGUCCCCCAUAUUGUGCAUAGAGACAUCAAAGCUAGUAAUGUACUUCUUGACAAAGACUUUAACCCGAAGAUAGGAGACUUUGGGUUGGCUAAACUCUUUCCAGACAACAUCACCCAUAUUAGCACAAGAAUAGCAGGAACAACUGGUUAUUUAGCACCAGAAUAUGCAUUUGGGGGCCAGUUAACAAUGAAGGCUGAUGUAUACAGUUUUGGGGUUCUUGUGCUUGAAAUAAUUAGUGGAAGAAGCACCGUGAAAACCAGCUUGGGAGAAACGCAGAAGCUCCUACUAGAAUGGGCAUGGCAGCUUCACGAAGAAGGAAAACACCUCGAGUUAGUGGAUCCAGAGAUGGGGGAAUUUCCAGAGCAGGAAGUCAUUAGGCACAUGAAAAUUGCCUUUUUCUGCGCUCAGGGAGCAGCAAACCGAAGGCCACUCAUGAGCCAGGUCGUUGACAUGCUGUCGAAGAACAUCCGGCUUAAUGAAAAGCUCCUUUCACCACCAGGUUUCUUCCAAGGUUCAGAGGGCCUUAGUGGGCCACCAUCUUCAACUAAAAGAUCAUCUGCUGACUCUACUACCCAACAGAUGAGCUCUGUUCCUGUCACAAUCACUGAGGUAACCCCUAGAUGAAGAAUAGUGUUAUUUUGCUCUCAAGAUGCACAUGUUCAUGUAUUUCAUUAAUUAUAUCAUGCACAGUACACCAUUUCAAUCAUACACCUAUAUAUUCUUUUUUUUUUUAUUUUUAGGGAAAGUGAGCAGUUUUUACCCAAUAGAAGUGCGAAUUUAUAAUUUUGUCGAAGUUGAUGCAAGUACAUUUUCUGUACUAUUAUUGUACUUAGUUUUUGCUUGUCAAGUUAUCGUGAUGGCAUGGAAAUUGUUAUAUAUAUA